AUGGACACCUCACACAUUGACAGCCUCCCCGACAUCUCGAAACUCACUCCCUCGGAACUGUUCCUCGUAGACCCCAGCGAGUUUGGCGAUCUCGACCUCCUGGACGAGAUCCACCAGUUCGGCAGUCUGGACGUCCCGGACAUCUUCUCCAGCGACGCCGAUGGCUCUGUCGCCUUGAAUGGAUUGACUAUGAUUGGUGAUGUCGACGCCUCAGCUAUGGAGCAAUCCAACACGUCUACAUCCACGGAUUCGGAACCACCAGCAGAAUCCAGGACGAAGAUGAGGCGUCGAGCUCAGAACCGAGCGUCUCAACGUGCUUUCCGCGAACGCAAAGAGAAGCACCUCCGGAAUCUCAAGGCGACUUUGGAGCAGCUCGGCCAGAAGCAUCGACGGCUGCUGGAUUCGUACUCUCAGCAAGCUGAAACCGUGACGAAGUUGAAGAGCCAGAUCGCACACCUCCGCACUCAGAUCGCAGCCUUUUCGAUGUUCUCGGAACAGGACAUGAUGGCAUCGAUUUCCCGAGUCCCGAGGACCCCGUCGACCGAGUUUCAGCAAUUCGACGCUUUUCCCUUGUCGCCACCACUGUCUGUCUCUGCCGAGCACCAGAGCCUCUUCUGUCAGAGUCGAACCAUGAACGGCAGCGGAGCCGAGUCGUUGCCGACCCCGGACUCGCUUGAGCUCCCCGAGUUUGAAGACCUGCUGCAUCUCCCCUGA